AUGGCGCGCCGCCUCCGACCGCACUUCUGGCCCCAGGUCAUACGUCGCACCGCUCUGGUUCCGAACAAGGGCAAUCCCUACCCUACACUGGUGAUGCUCGCGUGGUCGCCGUGGGGCAUCCUGAACGAGGUCCUCGACCCCGCGAGCGUGGUCGAUGCGAACCACCCCGAUUUCGAACGCACGCACGGCAUCAUAUGGUGGUCGACAUGGACAGCGACAGAGACGCCUCGUACGCAUCUGAGGACGGCUGAGAUGCUUAGGACAAAUACGAAGGCGCAGACGACACCGGCAGUCGAGACGACGCCAAGGUCCCAGACGACGCCAGUGGCCCAGGCGACAAUGAGGAGAAGAGCAGCCCUCACGAUCUCCCUUCUCGGUGCCUGGUAG